AUGUGGUUUUGUUUAUUACUUCUAUUUAUUUCAUUUUGUAAUGGUGAAUAUUGUCAAAAAGUGGAAGGGAACGAUUUUAUAAUCUAUGUAAAUGCUAGUUGUAUUGAUUCUACUUUAACUUCAAAUGAAUUAACAGGAGAUUAUACUAAAUAUUCAUCAGUUAUUAUUUCAGUUAGUAACUAUUAUGGAAUAUUUUAUUUUGGUUCAAUAAGUAAUCCAUUUAAAGCAAAUAAAGUUAUUGUACAACUAGGAUAUUCACCCCCAAUUUAUUCUCUCUUAUUUAUGAAUAUUGAAACAAACCUUGAACUUGAAUUAAUCAGUAAUUCUUAUUCAUUUGAAAAAGUUUAUUUUGAUUUCUAUAAUGGAAAUAGUCCAACAAGAAUAACUGGAGAUGUUGGUGAGUUGUGGGUUGGUGGAAAUGAUUAUUAUGAUUAUAAUUAA